UUCCAUAUUCCCCAAAAAGAUGAGUAAAGGACAAAGUGGAUAAAUGCUAUUGGGAGAAAGAACUGGGAGCCCAAUAUCAAUACAAGGAUUAGUUUGAUCAUUUUAUUGAAGCUUGCUGUCUGAUUUACUACUACAGAUGUCACAUUUUGCUUUGGAAAAAGAUAUAAAUAAUGCUCUACGUAUGGAUGGACCUAUAACUGUAGGCCCAGUACCUCGAUGGCAACGUAAAGCCCUAGAGAAUUCAACAUCAAGUGUCAACAAUUCUCUGAAUGCUUCCCAGAGUCUUACAUCUAGCUUAUCUCAAUCUGCACUGAACAUAUCUUCAAAUCAGAAUGUAACCAGUAAUAACAAAACCCCCAAAAAUACACCAGGUAAAUCAAAAUCAACACCAGGAAGAGCCAAAACACCAAAGACACCAGGAAACAGUGGAGACCGGUUUAUACCAAAUCGCAGUGGAAUGCAGUUUGAAAUUGGUCAUUAUAUGUUAACCCGAGAUCAGAAAUCUGAAGAUGAGAAAAUGAGUCCAAAUAAACAGGAGUAUCAUAAAUCAAUGAGUGAAAACAUAGCUGGUGAUCUCUCAAAUUUUCGCAUUUUGUCUUAUCAGAACAAGGCACCACCAGCCCCUGAAGGUCAUGCCAACAAUCUCAGGGUUAUUUAUAGUUCAAGUAAGGCUCCAGCAUCUACAAGAAAGACUGCACGUUACAUUCCACAGGUUCCAGAAAGAAUUUUGGAUGCACCAGAGAUUGUAGAUGAUUAUUACCUGAACCUUAUUGAUUGGAGUGCACAUAAUCAUCUUGCUGUUGCACUUGCUGGCCACGUUUAUCUGUGGAAUGCAGGAUCAGGAGAAAUUCAGCAGUUGUUGGAGAUGGAGGAAUCUAAUGAGUAUAUCACAUCAGUGUCUUGGAUCAAAGAAGGCAAUUACCUAGCAGUUGGUACAAGUACAGCUGAAGUGCAGCUGUGGGAUGUGGAAGUUCCUAAACGAGUGCGGAUUAUGAGAAGCCACAGUGCCCGUGUAGGAUCUUUAACAUGGAAUGCCUAUAUUCUCUCGAGUGGUUGCAGAAGUGGUGCUAUUCAUCAUCAUGAUGUGCGUGUAGCAAAUCAUCAUGUUGGUUCUUUAUUGAGUCACUGUCAGGAGGUGUGUGGUUUGAAGUGGUCACCAGAUGGUCGGUAUCUAGCCAGUGGGGGCAAUGAUAAUAUUUUGAAUGUAUGGCCAGCUAGUAUUGGUCAAUCAGAUAUUCAACCUAUUUACUCUUUUACACAACAUCAAGCAGCUGUGAAGGCUGUUUCUUGGUGCCCAUGGCAACCUCAUAUUUUAGCAAGUGGAGGGGGUACUGCAGACAGGAGUAUAAGAUUCUGGAACUCUAAUCUAGGAAGCUGUUUAAACACAGUGGACACAAAGUCUCAGGUGUGUUCCAUUCUUUGGUCAAGUCACUAUAAGGAGAUUAUUUCAGGCCAUGGUUAUGCAAACAAUGAGCUGAUUAUCUGGAAGUACCCGAAUAUGGCAAAAGUAGCUGAGCUUACAGGCCAUACUGCACGUGUUCUCCAUCUCUCCAUGAGUCCUGAUGGAACGACAGUUGUGUCGGCUGGUGCCGAUGAAACCCUUAGACUCUGGAAGUGUUUUGCUGUUGAUAGCAUUACAAAGAAAAAGGACACAAGCAGUGGACAAAGAUCAACUGGACCCAUGCUCCUCAGCAUAAGAUAACUUAUUUGUAUUAAAAAAAAUUUACUUUUUUGAUGGUGUGAAAUGUUUUUUGAAGUAUUGUGACAUGCAGGUGUAUGACUGUAAAUUUAGUUUUUAUAAGCUUUAAGAACAUUGUGGUGAAAAGUAUACAGAUAUAUUUUCUUAGUUUACCCUUUUCCAAAGGACUGUGACAUAUCCUAUUCUAGGUUAUAUCAUUAACUUUAGCAUUUCAUUUAGGAAGAAUACUGGAAAACCGUUUUCUUCAUUUCAUGUAAUUAUUUCAAUAGCAAAGUUCUGACCUUUGAAUCAUUUUUUUUUAUAGUUUUGUAUGAAUGGUUAUUUUUAAUUAAA